AUUAAAACGUACAUUUGAGCCAAUAUCAAGCAAUAUAAUUCAACAUUCAACAAGCAAUAAUCAUGUCUACCUUCUUCCUAUAUCUCUCACUCAUCACAAUCUCCUUCCUUCUCACUUUGAAGCUAUUAUUCAAAUCAAGAGCACUCAAAAAUCUUCCUCCAGGUCCACCAUAUCUUCCCCUAAUUGGAAACCUCCACCACACUGGCGCAACCUCCGCCGCAUCGCAACGCUUGAGGUUCUCUCAACGCACCGCAUCAACUCGUUCUUGGAAAUCCGAAGAGACGAGAUCAUGAGGCUCGUGCAGAAGCUGGCUCAGGAAUGUUCCAACGGCUUUAACAAAGUGGAGCUCAGAUCUAAGUUGUCGGAAAUGACCUUCAACACUAUAAUGAGAAUGGUUUCUGGAAAACGAUACUACGGUGAGGAUUGUGACGUCACUGAUGUUGAAGAAGCAAGGAGAUUCAGAGCAAUAACCAAGGAGUUGGUGGCUUUGGGAGGAGCAAACAACCCUGGAGAUUUCAUAUCAGUGCUUCGAUGGUUCGAUUUUGAUGGUUUGGAGAACAAAUUAAAGAGGAUUAGUAACAGAACUGAUUCUUUUUUACAAGGGCUUAUUGAUGAACAUCGCAAUGGCAAGAGAAACACUAACACCAUGAUUGAUCAUCUCUUAACUCAGCAACAGUCGCAUCCUGAGUACUACACAGAUCAAAUCAUCAAAGGACUUAUUAUGGUUAUGCUGCUUGCUGGAACAGACACAUCAUCUGUGACUUUAGAAUGGGCAAUGUCUAAUUUGUUAAACCAUCCAGAAAUACUAGAAAGGGCAAGAAAAGAAAUAGACACAGAGAUUGGACAAGAUCACCUUAUAGACGAGUCUGACAUAUCAAAACUCAAUUAUCUUCAAAACAUAGUGUACGAGACAUUUCGAUUGCAUCCUGCAGCACCAUUAUUGGUUCCACAUCUAUCUUCAGAGGAUUGCACCUUGGAAGGAUACAAGGUACCGCAAAACACAAUUGUAUUGGUGAAUGCUUGGGCUAUUCAUAGAGAUCCCAAAGUGUGGAGUGACGACUCUACACAAUUUAAGCCUGAGAGGUUUGAAAAGGAAGGUGAAAUAAAUAAUCUACUAACAUUUGGAAUAGGGAGAAGGGCUUGUCCAGGAGCCAAUUUGGCACAACGUACAGUGAAUUUGACAUUAGGGUUGUUGAUUCAGUGUUUUGAAUGGGAGCGAACAACACAUGCAGAAAUUGAUAUGGCUGAAGGAAAAGGACUUACCGUGUCAAGGAAAAUUCCCUUGGAAGCAAUGUGUAAGCUGCGUGAUCCAUUUGCAACGAAGGCUAUUAUUUAAUUUAAUAAUAUUAGCACACAAUUAUCUGUAUAAUUAAAUGAAUAAACAUCUGUACGUACGUGUAGGAUCACUUAUGUUGUGGCUGUGUCCAUUAAGCUUUUUUAUUAGUGGUUUUUUUUCCCUCGUGUCCUGUUGCUUUAUAAUAAUUAUAUGUGAAAUCUUUCCCUUUAUCAGUUGGAAAUGGAGGGUCAUUUUUUUUUAUAUGGAACAAAGGUUGGUGUUGUUUAACUUAAUGGAUGCAUGGACAAAUUUUUCUC